AACCCCUUUCCUCAGAUCCGGCCGGUUCUGCCCGCCUGGACUCCGGGCCCCACCGACCGGCGCAUUCAUCGCUCUGACGGGUGCAGAAGCGGGAGUUGCUUCGGUCUGUGGAGCGGCGGGGCGGCCCCAGCCCCUCUUCCCCUCCCUGACCCCUUCUUGCCAUCGCCCCAAUCAUGGGGAACGCGGCGACCGCCAAGAAAGGCAGCGAGGUGGAAAGCGUGAAGGAAUUUCUAGCCAAAGCCAAAGAAGACUUUCUGAAAAAAUGGGAGAAUCCACCCCCGAAUAAUGCUGGACUCGAGGAUUUUGAAAGGAAAAAAACCCUUGGAACAGGUUCAUUUGGAAGAGUCAUGCUGGUGAAACAUAAAGCCACUGAACAGUAUUAUGCCAUGAAGAUCUUAGAUAAGCAGAAGGUUGUUAAACUGAAGCAAAUCGAGCAUACUUUGAAUGAGAAAAGAAUAUUACAGGCAGUGAAUUUUCCUUUUCUUGUUCGACUGGAGUAUUCUUUCAAGGAUAAUUCUAAUUUAUACAUGGUUAUGGAAUAUGUCCCUGGGGGUGAAAUGUUUUCACAUCUAAGAAGAAUUGGAAGGUUCAGUGAGCCCCAUGCGCGGUUCUAUGCAGCUCAGAUAGUGCUAACAUUUGAGUACCUCCAUUCAUUAGACCUCAUCUACAGAGAUCUAAAACCUGAAAAUCUCUUAAUUGACCAUCAAGGUUAUAUCCAGGUCACAGACUUUGGGUUUGCCAAAAGAGUUAAAGGCAGAACUUGGACAUUAUGUGGUACUCCAGAGUAUUUGGCUCCAGAAAUAAUCCUCAGCAAGGGAUACAAUAAGGCAGUGGAUUGGUGGGCAUUGGGAGUGCUAAUCUAUGAAAUGGCUGCUGGCUACCCACCAUUCUUCGCUGAUCAACCAAUUCAGAUUUAUGAAAAGAUUGUUUCUGGGAAAGUUCGAUUCCCAUCCCACUUCAGUUCUGAUCUCAAGGACCUUCUAAGGAACCUGCUCCAGGUGGAUCUGACAAAGCGAUUUGGAAAUUUAAAAAACGGUGUGAGUGAUAUAAAAACUCACAAGUGGUUUGCCACAACAGAUUGGAUUGCUAUUUACCAGAGGAAGGUUGAAGCUCCAUUCAUACCAAAGUUUAGAGGCUCUGGAGAUACCAGCAACUUUGACGACUAUGAAGAAGAAGAUAUCCGUGUCUCUAUAACAGAAAAAUGUGCAAAGGAAUUUAGUGAAUUUUAGAGAGGAACAAGAAACCGCCAGAGCUUACACUCAAUCUUUGCGCUCUGUUGAGAUAUAAGGUGGAGCUGAGACCGUCCUUGUUGAAGCAGUUACCUAUUCCUUCAUUCCAGCGACUGAGUGAGGUCUUUAUUGCCAUCACCCCUGUGUGCUCUCUGCAUCCACCUCUGUAAUAAGGCACCGCUAAGCAAGCAUUGUCUGUGCCAUGACACAGUAGAGACCACUUCCCUACUCUUUGGGUUGUCUUUCUCUCCCUCCUACAUCCAUUUCUUCCUUUUCCUUAGUUUUUCUGUAAACAGUGCUCCAUUUUAUUUUGGUGGUAUCUUAGAUGGGCAGUGUUAUGGUUAUGUGAUAUUUGGAAGAAAGGAUAAGUGUUGCUUUUAGUGGAUUUUGCCAAUAUUUUAUUGGUCAGUGGCUUCAAGACAAACUUUUUAAUAAUUAUUUUUACUUUUAGUAACUUAGACUCAGUUUUGCCAAAACUCCUAACUUUUUUGAGGAUUGAAUGCGUUAUCACCAAAGGAAAUAGCACAAAUUGAGACAAAAGAUUCUUGGAAUUCAAAAAUGAAUUUAGAAUAGCUUGACAUAGCAAUUUAGAUUCCUGGAUUCCUAUAGAACUUCCUAUAACCUGAGGUUCUUUUUCCCUUCACUUUCUCUCCUUAAGAAAUUAAAUAACAGUCUGUAUAGCAUGAAAGAUGUGUCUCAUUCCACAAGAAAAAAAUAAAAGAGAUGGAUCAUGGCCCAGACUUUCUUACUUGGUACCAACAUUUCUGUAGGUAUUAGAGAAGAGUUCUAAGGUUUCUAAACCUUAACUUUCCCAUAAGGGUUAAAGCCAGUAUUUUAACAGAAUGUGAUUAAUAUAGGUGGCAAAUUUAAAUUUUCAGUCUUCACUAUAAACCUUUUAAAGGAAAAGAAGCAAACUAAAAAAGUAUUGGUUUGGAUGAAUACUUUGCUAAGUCAAACAAAUGGCUUAAUUCUUGAAAACAAUAUAUAUUCCUAUUUAAGUGAGUUUUUUUUUCUUUGUUUUGCUUUAUAUUAAGAACAAAAGAAAUUGUUAUCUGCUUAUUGUUCUGGUGUACUGUAUUUUUAAGCCUAAGGUAGGGGCACUGUUGCAACUUCUGCUUUCAUCCCAUGCCUCAGCAAUGAGGAAAGGGGACAAAAUUCAUAAAAUUGCCACAUUUGUAUUUUAAUUUUGGGGUGUGAUAUUUUUAGAUGUUGUAAUUUCUAACCUUUUCUCUUGGUAAAGAGAUUAUAUGACCAUGCAGAUACAAUAUAAGUAUUUGAGUUUAGUUAUUUUUUAUACUUUUUUGCCAACUGACUUAAUGUUGCUGUCAUAUGGAAAUUUCAAGCACUUUUGCACAUUUAGUUCAGUGUUUGUUGAGAAUCCAUGGCUUAACUCAAUUUUUUUUUUUACUAUAUUUCUUCUUUCCUUUUAAUUUUCCCUAUCUGGUUUUUAUCUCUGUGUCUCAGUGACCUAUCUUAAAACAACACACCAAAAUAGCUUAAACUGUGUUCAUUUUUUUAAUGAUCAAUUUAUGUGCAUAAAGAUGAACUGUUUAUAGUGCAACUGAUCUUCUUGUA